AUGACUCUACCAUACACCACGGCUAGCCCAUCUACCCCCAAAACAACCACCCAACACUUUCAAUUCGAACCCACGCUCACUAUAACUGCAGGCACAAUGGGAUCGAUCAAGAUUACUGACUUGAACACAUAUCAUAAUGUAGUCAGCGGAGAGAACUACGCGGUCUUCAAUUUCCGUGACUAUCGGCGUCGUUUGUCUGACACCGAUGUUGCCUAUGAUGACCUCGCCUCUUAUGCGUAUAGUGACACGGUGGCAUUCUAUGAAGUCGACGUGGGCGAUGACAAGCUUAUUUCCGAUUAUGCGAAAGUAGAGCGCCCUACUCUCAUCUUGUAUAAGGAUGGGAAAGAGGUCGAGCGGUACUCGAAGCCUUUGCCUAGGCAACUAGAGUACCUAGUGUCUCGGGCUUUAUGUGGGCUGACUGAGAUAGGUGGGCGUUUCUGA